CAGCACGGAUGUGGCCACCCCUGGCCACAGCCCCAAGUGUUCCCUGGUGGGCCAUACUCACUGAGCUCCUCCUCCUCCUCCUCCUCCUCACCCUGCUGCCGUGGAAGGACAUGAAUGAACCCUCAAACCUCUGGUCCAGGAGUCACCACAGCUGUCAGCAGAACAACUUGGAGCGUCCGCCCUUCCUGCCGCCAGUGGUCAGAGACUCUCUCUUCUGCCACACGGUCUGCAUGUCGGCAAGGCACUACAUCGGACUCCACUACAACCUCCACAACCUCUACGGACUGUCAGAGACGAGUGCCACCAACGCAUCCCUCCAGUAGGCUGAGAAGAAGCUCCAGAGCCUGGCCCCGGAGAUGGAGGGGCAGCGGCGGGCCAGGAAGCCCUCCGGCUCUGAGACGUGUGGCGUCACAACCAACAACUCCGCGUGCAGGGCGGGCUUAGAGAAAGGCUUUACACAGACCCUGGAUAAUGCUCCUGGUCUUGUUCCUCUUCUUGUUCUUCUUCUUCUUCUUCCUCUUUACCUUAGUCAUGCUGCAUUAUGAAUCCUGUUAAUUAAUAUAUCCUCUUCUUCUUUACCUUAGUCAUGCUGCGUUAUGAAUC